AUGUACAAUUUUGUGGAUUUAUUUAUUCUGGUAUUUAUAUAUUUAUUGUUUUUGCAGGUUUCGUCCUCCAUAAAAGAUAUGAUUGUAAAAUACAUGAUGAACGUCAUCCUCCACUCCUUCAUUAGUAAAAUCAUAAAUGGGCUUUAUUUCGAUGACGCAUUAGUGAUACUGAAAGCUGAUUGGCUUGAUGGUUAUAUAUGCGGAAAAGAGCCAAUUUAAUCAAUCUCUAGAGUUUAUAAGAUGUCCGAUUUAUCCUCCCUUGUGCCUUUUUACACGCAUUUUGGACAGAAGCAAUGCCUACAUGAUCCAUUAGACUGUAAGUGCCUUAAUUGCGAAGUGGACGCUUUUGCUCAAUUAUGAAUAGGCUAAUGCAGAUUUUGGACACGAAUAUUUCCAAGGAUUUUAAUAAUAAUAAUAACAACAACAAUAACUGUUCAGAAAGAAUAAAAAUUAUAUUUAUUAAAGAAAACGUCCAAAUGAAGUUUGAAACAGUCAAUAAAUGUGUUCCGAUUCGACGUGCGCUCACGCGCUCUUCUCAUGUGCACGUGCAUGCAUGCGAUGAGUUGCUAUAGCGACGCGUGUUAUGAAUUCUGACUGAAUAUAUACACUCGAACCGAUCACUGUCUGUUGGUUGAGAGACGAGGCGAAUUUACAGACUUUUGCAGAGUAUUUUCUGUGCGAAUCUUGUGACUUGGAAGCUGUUGGAGGAUUUCUGAGAGGAGACUUUUAUUCUAGAAGACAUCGCAGGAUAUAUCCUUUUUAUAUAAAGUUAUAUUUUUGAAAGAGUUCCUAUUAUUUUUGAGGAUACUUUUAUUUCAUUGUUCUUCUCUUAGUUUAGAAGGAGUUUGUUUUUAUUUCUUUUUUUUUUUUAAUUAAUUUUUGUUUUGUUUUAUUUUUUUAUUUUCUGUGGAGGAGUAUUUCUGAGGAGAGUUGUAUUUUAUUGUAUUGCAUUUUGUAUUGUAUUUUGUAUAGUUUUUAUUGCAGAUUGCAGGAAGAUGGCUCACAUGAUGGGUGAAAGAGGAGGUCAGGCUGUCAGGUCCGCCGACAGCUUCGAUGGAUGGCUGUGCCCUCCGCUGCCAGGUCAAGUUCCUGUCGAGCCAAAGGAGACGUUACGUGGCCUAACUGCCCAGGGUGCCAUGGAGGCUUCUCCUGUGAGCGAGAGCUCAACAGAAAAACCUACAGAACGCAGGAAGAGGAAAAGAAUUCGUUCUUUCCUCAACAGGCCGUGGAAGGCGAUGAAGAGUCCUUUCCGGUGCUGUUGCCCCUGUAGUGAUGUGGAUGUUGUGGAGCCUUUUGUCCCUCCACCAGAUCUGGAGCCAGAGCCUGAUCCCGAGCCACCGUCACCUGCUCCAGAUCACUCCGGCGUCAAGCCAAUUAAUGAAAAACCUACAGAACGCAGGAAGAGGAAAAGAAUUCGUUCUUUCCUCAACAGGCUGUGGAAGGCGAUGAAGAGUCCUUUCCGGUGCUGUUGCCCCUGUAGUGAUGUGGAUGUUGUGGAGCCUUUUGUCCCUCCACCAGAUCUGGAGCCAGAGCCUGAUCCCGAGCCACAGUCACCUGCUCCAGAUCUGGAGCCAGAGCCUGAUCCCGAGCCACAGUCACCUGCUCCAGAUCUGGAGCCAGAGUCUGAUCCCGAGCCUGAUCCCGAGCCACAGUCACCUGCUCCAGAUCUGGAGCCAGAGUCUGAUCCCGAGCCNCCGUCACCUGCUCCAGAUCUGGAGCCAGAGUCUGAUCCCGAGCCACCGUCACCUGCUCCAGAUCACUCCGGCGUCAAGCCAAUUAAUGAGUCCUUUGAGUCUCUGUAUAACGUGGGAGCGAUGCUUGGAUCCGGAGGAUUUGGCAGGGUGUACGAGGGAACGCGCAAAUUUGAUGGCAAAAAGGUUGCCAUCAAGCAGAUGCUCAAGAUUGACAACGAUCGUUAUCUUCAUAUUCCUGGGCACCCCAAACCUCUCGUUACCGAAGUGGCGCUGUUGCUGAUGAUGAGGCGAGAACCCAUAUGCCCCUACGUCAUACAUCUAUACGAGUGGUUUGAACAUCCUCAAACGUUCACUCUCGUUAUGGAGUACCCGGAACCCUGCGAGAGCCUGCAUGACUUCAUCGCCCGUAACCCUCGACUGUGUGAACCAGCCGCACAGCUCAUCGUGCUACAGGCUAUGAUGGCGCUACUACACUGCCUCGAGCGUGGUGUUUUUCACCAUGACAUCCAUGCUGAGAAUUUUCUGUGGAACAAAGACACGUUUCGUCUCAAGCUGAUAGACUUUGGCUGCGGUCAGCUAUUUAGUAGUGAUGGCUACGAGAGCAAAAUAUACAUCGGAGCACCGCUUUACUGCCCACCUGAAGUCCUGACCGAACCUCGCUUCCACGCCGUCCCAACAAAUGUCUGGGCCCUAGGAGUCUUGUUGUAUAAGAUGGUGAACGGAUGUCUUCCUUUUCGCAGUAGAAUAGAAAUCACACAGGCCAAAAUUACAUUUCAUAACUCCACAUUAUCCGAAGAAUGUGCAGAUCUGAUUAGCCAGUGCCUAGCCCGGGAUCCCACUAAACGGCCGACGUUAGAGCAGAUGUUUCAGCAUGAAUGGAUUACAAGUGAUCUAGAUUGGGGAAGUUCAGGAGAUUCAGUCUGUCUGUGAUUUCAGGAAAUAACAUACUUGCUGUCCUUGGUGGAAGACUUGACCCGAAGCCUGAAGUCCAACCCCAACCUGACAGGGAACUCGGAGCCCGUCCACGUCUGAGCGAGAACACGAGAGACUGCGAGACUGGAACCAAAUCAUCAAGCAUCAUCACAGCCACAUUUGCUUUGUUUUAAAAUGAAUUUUUGCUUUGUUUUUUAAAAAGUCAAGACACCUCAUCUUUAUUUAUAUAUAGCGCCUCGUAUAUGACCGAUCUGUACAUAUGUAUAUAUCAUUUUUGAAUUAAAGAAAUGUUUUUUUUUAAA